CUACCAGUCUGACAUAAAUAUUGGCGGCAAUUGCCGCAUUUUACUAGGGGUACGGCAGGACUCCGUACUUCUAAAAGUUCUAAAUUCCCAUCAAAAAGUAAAGUAUUUUACUUCACUUUUCUAUAAAGUUUCAAACCGAAAAUAAUUAUUGUACUUUUUCCAUACUCAAUCAACAAAAAAUCAAAUGUAGUGUAUUUUGAUUAAGAGCAAGUGUGUAACUUAGGCCCAUAAUAUCAUUCAGGGUUUAAACUAAGGAUCAACAAAACUUCGUUCAAAUUUGAUCCAUAGAUUAAACUACUUUCGUAAUAUCAAUACAAAAACAAACAGAGAUCAGCUGAACUGUGACAAUGUUAUGACGUGUGGCAACAUUUUGUGAUCCGUUCAUUCUUUUCAAUCUUUUAACAAUCCCAAGCUAAAAUUACACAUCUGUAUUUGACAGUUGCAUCGUUUUUCCAAAUAAAAUUCAAUAAUUCGUUAUGUCCGUCGAAAAUAAAACACGCGUUCCCAAUUUUUCAAAAUCGGAAACAGAAUUGCUCACAAGCUUGGUGAGACAAUAUAGCCAUAUAUUGGAAAAUAAAAAAAGUGAUAUGACAAAUAAUCAGCUGAAGGAGCAAACUUGGUCAAAGCUGGCCAAAGAAUUCAACAGUUUGUCGUCAUUUGUGUUCAGAAGUGACAAGACUCUUCGCGCAAAGUAUGACAAUAUAAAAAAGAGGGCCAAGACCAAAUAUAGUACGUUUCGGAGAAGUUUGUAUGGAACAGGGGGUGGACCAUCCGCUGAAAUUAAUUUCAGUCAAGAAGAGGAAGUGGUAAUGGAGUUAUCUGGGACUAGUGUGAUGGGAUUACCAUCUCGCAAUGACUGUGAUGAGAUAGUAAUAACAAAGGAAACAAAGGAAAAAUAUGCCGAGACCAGCCAAGACACAGCACUUCCGGCAAAAAAUAAUCAAAAUAUACUGAUUGAUGAAAAAAUUAUUGAAUCAGAAACCCCAAAGAGCAGUAAUUUUCUAUUAAAGAGAAAAAUAUCUACACCCCUCACCAAAAAGAAUCCAGAAGUGUUCAAUAAAACAAUGAACAAUUAUAGUGCCUUGGCCAAUAAAAAAAUUAAAUUACUGGACGCACAAAUUGACAAUUUAAAUAAAAAACAAGAACAAGAAGUAAAGGAGCAUGAACUGAGAUGUACACUUCUACAAUUAGAAAUUGACAUUAAAAAAAAAGUACUCGAUAGUUUUAAUUAAUUGAUAAAAUGCGUUGUAAUUAAAUAUAUAUGUAAUUGUAAAUUGUUGUAACUGUGUAAUUAAAUGUAAUAAAAAAAGAUGAGGUUGUUUUCAUUUCAUAUUAAAAAUUGGUUUUAUUAAACAUAUAAAGGACAAUAGUUCAAAUAUAGUAGUAAAUUUACUUUAUAUUUUGAUUUUCCUUUUUUUAAAAGGAAUUCAGCUAUUGUAAACUGCUAAAGUAAUUGUCAAUUAACAUUUGCCUUCUAUAACUAUUGUUGCUGUAAUUGCUGCUGAGGGUGGUAUCUUGGUUGUUAUCACUGCCAGUUACAUCAAUGAUAUUUUCUAAGUUAACAUCUAAGUUAGGCAUGACAUCAUUAUGCUUGAUACACAAGUUGUGUAAAAUGGCUGUUGCAACAAUGAUAUCUUGUACCAGUUCAACUUUGGUCUUAAUUCCCAAUGACAAAACUGGAAACCGUCUCUUCCAUAUGCCAAAUGCCCUCUCUAUACAAUUCCGAGUUCGUAUAUGAGACUCAUUGUAUAGUUUCUCAGCUUCUGUGACAGGAUUUUGUAGAGGUGUCAAUAGAUAUUUUUUGUUCGGAUAUCCAGCAUCACCGAGAAGAACUAGUUGGCCCAUCUGACCUGAUUCAAAAAUAGCACAGAGUCUGCUAUUUUGAAAAAUGGUACUGUCAUGGCUUGCCCCCGGCCAUCUAGCCACAAUAUUCGAAAAUUUCAAGUCUGAAUUGCAAACUGCCUGAGUAUUUAAGGAAAAAUAGCCUUUCCUAUUCCUAAAACACUCUGCAUUUUGUCCACCUGGUGAUUGAAUCCGUAUAUGAGUACAAUCAAGGGCUCCAUACACUAGAGGAAACCUAGCCAUAUUGUAGAAUCCAUUCUGAUGUUUCCUUUUGUCUUCUUCAGAAUCUUGCAGCAUUAUAUAUCGGCAUCGUCUUGAUGCAAUCGCUUCGGUAACUUUUUUAAUAGCUUUUCCUGCUGUCGUUUGGUGAACACCACUGAAAUCGCCAACAGUAAUUUGCAUGCAUCCAGUAGCAUAAUAACGCAAGGUUAAUAAUAACUGGUUACACGCUGACAAUGCAUGAUUCCUGCAAUAAAAAAGUACCUAAUAACAUUACAGUACAAAUAAACAUUAGGUAAUAUAUACUCAAUACUAUAUAUUUAAUGGGUACUUUAAAAAAAGUCCUGUAAAUAAAGUCCGCCUUACCGAUUUGUGGGGUGUGAUAUGUCAUUAGCAAUUUCUUCUAAAAUCGUAAAAGCUGUAUUCUUAGAUACACGAAAACGACGUAUAAACUCCGUAUCGUCCCACUUAACGAAAUUGUUUUCUCUUGGUCUGACUAGAUAAGGUCUGUUAAAAUACGAAUUGAAGUCAUUGAGAAUUUCUAAAUCUUCAAUAUCAGAAUCAGUGUCUUCAUUCCACUCAGCCAUUUUAUAACACUAUAAAUGCCUACUUUUGUUAACAAUUAAAUUUUUACUUAAUUUUACCUAAUACUUAUCUCUAUUUACUGACACUAACUUUAUAUUACAUUUACUUUGACAGGAAACAACAGCUGUUAAUUUCGAGCAGCCAUUUUAAAAAGAGCAGUUUAAACCCAACUCAUGGUUUAAACGCUCCCUCAUGGUCGUUUAAACUUUGCGAUAGUUUAAACUCUGAAGGGCAGUUUAACUUUGAUUGAAAUUACGAGUUGAUCUUCAGUGACAGUUUAAACCUUCGAUUUUAGUUUAAACUACGAUUGAUAUUAUGGGCCUUAGAGUUAAGCUAAAAAUAAAUUUUACAAAUAUCCAAUAUGAACACUAUUAGCAAGACAGCUCGUAUCGUACGCAAAAGACCUUUUAGAGUGUCAAUUGAAGGAAACAUAGGAUCUGGAAAA